UACACCCUACUACUCGCGUGAUGAGUAAAAGUCAUGGCUUUUUCAAAAUAAAAAUUUUCAAAGUACUUUCAAAGCUCGAAAUAAUUUUUAAAUGUCAUAAUCGUAAAAUUUUAUGAAAAUAGAAAAAAUUUCAAUUGGUCUCCAUUUUAAAUUAUUUUUAAAAAAACUCAGCGCAAGUCCUGAGAGGUUAACAUUUUUAUUAUAUUUAUUAUAAAUAUUAUUUAUCAGUACAUAAAUAUAUGAUAAUAAUGAUGGAAGACAUGUAUCUGGAUGCUGAUCGGUUGAUAACUGAAGUAUACAAACGACCGGCAUUGUGGAAUAAUAAACAUCUUUUAUAUCACAGUCGCGAUUUGACAAAUCGUUUGUGGAUGGAGAUAUCGACUAUUUUUAAAUGUCCAAAAGCGGUACUUAAAUCCAAGUGGAAGGGAUUAAGAGAUACAUUUCGUGGUGAAAUAAAAAAAGAACAGAAUUCUCGUACAAGUAAAUAUCCAAGAAGAAAUCGAUGGGCUCAUUAUAAAAAGUUACAGUUUUUAAAAGAACAAAUGAUACCAAGACCGCCAAUUUGGGAGCGUGCUGAUGACUAUCAUGAUGAUGAUACAAAUGAUCGCUUACAGAGUAAAAAUAAUGAUAAUGAAAAUAAUUUGAUAGAACAAAAAUUAAUUAUCGGACGUAAUAAUUUUGAAAUAAAUGAUGUAAAUAUCAGUAAUCAGCAGGAGAAAUUCAACGGAGCGAUAAUUAAAAGUCAACUUAAAAAACCAGUUAAAUUAAAAUUAAUAACUACGGCACGAGUGAUUGAAAUGUCGAGUAAUGGCAAUAAAACGGCGAUACAUUCUUCCGUUAUUUAUAAACCGGAUAAUUUACAUUUACAGGAAAAUGAAUUCCUUGACACGAUAUCGGUCAAAGAUGAACCUGUUGAUAGUAUUGAUAAUUGUGUGGACUAUCAAGUUAAUAGUGAUAAUAGUAAUGGAGUAGCAAAUGAAGAAGUUUGUAAUAGUGAUGAAUUAUCAAUCGAUCCGCUUGAUGAAAAUCGUUUAGAUGAUAAUUAUUAUUUUUUAAUGAGUCUUUUGCCUCACAUAAGAACAUUGCCAGCUGAACGCAUCAUGUCAUUACGAAUGCAGAUGCAAGAACUCGUUUAUCAAGAAGUAUACAAGAAGAAUAUAAACCCAGAUAGUUAAUAUCUGUAAUAUAAUAUACACUAAAUAAUAAUAAUAAAUGUAAAUAAUA